CCGAUUUUUUUUAUUACGGUACGAACGGACGGAUACAUGAUAUAUAAUAAUAAGCGCAAGGGUAUGCAUGCACGACGAAGUCAACAAUGUCGCCGUUAAGUGCAACGUUUUGUCACUUUUUACUAGCAUUCCAGUUGCUUUAUACCGGUAGAUAUUCCGAGGCCUCACAGUACACAAUAAGUGAUGCAUCAGGGCUGGGCAGGCGGUUUGAUGGUAUUGGUGGACUUAGUGGAGGAGGAGCUACCUCCAGAUUAUUGGUGAAUUAUCCUGAGCUUUAUCAGUCACAGAUUCUGGAUUAUCUCUUCAAGCCUAACUUUGGAGCAUCGCUGCCUAUUUUGAAGGUUGAGAUUGGUGGAGACUCUCAAAGUACUGAUGGAACCGAAUCGUCUCACAUGCACUCACCUAAUGAUGAGAACUAUCAGAGAGGAUAUGAAUGGUGGCUGAUGAAGGAGGCUAAGAAGCGUAAUCCAAAAAUCAAGUUGUAUGGCCUCCCAUGGGCAUUUCCUGGCUGGAUUGGGAAUGGCACACAAAGUCCUUACGUCAAUGUUGACGUCACUGCUGACUAUAUCAUCAAGUGGAUACAGGGGGCUAAGACCUAUCACAAUCUAACGAUUGAUUAUAUUGGGAUCUGGAAUGAAAUGAAGUACAGUGCUUCAUAUAUUGAAGAACUUAGGGCUACUUUGAAUCAGAAUGGCCUCCAGAAUGUUCAGAUUGUUGCAGCAGAUGGCAAAUUUCGUAUCAGUUAUGAUAUCUUGAAUAGUCCAGCAUUGGCUAAGGCAGUUCAAAUCAUUGGGGUGCACUAUCCUGGGACUUAUGUCACCAAUUACACCUUAGAAACUGGCAAGACAAUCUGGGCAUCAGAAGAUUAUAGUACUUUUAAUAAUGAAGUUGGUGCAGGAUGCUGGGCAAGGAUCUUGAACCAGAACUAUGUAAAUGGAAUGAUGACUUGUACAAUCUCUUGGAACCUUUUAGCAUCAUACUAUGAUGCAUUGCCAUACAAACGCGAUGGACUCAUGACAGCUAAUGAGCCUUGGAGUGGGCAUUAUGAGGUCCCUGAUACUAUCUGGAUAACAGCUCAUACCACUCAGUUUACUGGGCCUGGAUGGAUAUAUUUAAAGCACAACACAGGAGUGCAACAUCUGGAGAAAGGAGGAAGUUUUGUGUCAAUGACAAAUGGAACAGACCUGACUAUAAUCAUUGAAACCAUGAGUCACAAUCAUUCUAUCUGCAUCCGACCAUACCUACCACCUUAUUCAGUAGUAGCUCAGACUGCUACAUUUGCCUUGCAAGGCAACUUUGCCAAUAUAAGCAGUCUUAAUGUGUGGUAUUCUAAGCUGGGAUUCAGUGGAGAAACAUCAACUAUGUUUGUUAAGAAGAAUCCAAUAAAGAUUAUGAAUGGACAUUUCAGCAUGAAUCUAGCUCCUGAUGAAGUUUAUACUUUAACAACCACUGAAGGGGGUAUCAAGGGGACCUAUCCUGCACCCCCUCCAUCUGCCCCCUUCCCUGUACCUUACUCUGAUAAUUUUGACAAAUAUCCACAAUUCACUGAGGCUAAUAACUUUGCUGAUCAGGCUGGUGUAUGGGAGAUACGAGAGACUGGUGACCCGACUCAUCAUAUGGUGAUGGAGCAGGUUGUCCUUCAGUCACCAGUCCACUGGUGUCAAGCAGCUGACACUCCUAUCUCUGUUGUUGGCAACUACUCAUGGAUAAAUGCAAAUGUUUCAAUUGAUGUUAAGCUUGGAGACAAGACGGGUGCUUUUCUGGCACAACGUGUUGAUAAAGGCGGUUGUCAGGUUAUCUCAGCAACAGGACUGUUUUUCAUUGUUUACUUCAAUGGAACGUUUUCUGUCUAUACAGACAUUAAUCGCCGUUCUCUCCUUAGUUCUGGCGAAGUCAGUGUGAAGAGUGGAAUGUGGUUCAACAUGCAGUUACUAACACAGAACAACAAAGCUGCUGGAUUUGUGGAAGGCAAGAUGGUGUUCAGUACACCAUUAGACCCUCAGAAAGUACCCAGUCAUGGAUUUGUGGCCAUUGGAAUGCCAAACUAUGCAUCAGCACAGUUUGAUAACUUCAGCAUCACUUCAGCCUCAUAGAUUGUUGUAUCAGUGUAAAACAAAUUAAAUUUCUAAAGGCCUUUUCUUUCACAGUUUUUCAUUGCUUUGGAUUCUGAUUCACCUCCUUGAGUGCUAAACUAAAUUAUGUCAAUGUUCCUAGUAAAGGUCAGCUGGACUCUCCUACAGUAAUCUGUUUGACCGAUGUUCUUGUUUAUUUGUAACUGUAUGUUCAUUCUUUCAUUAAAUGAAAUGAUUACUUCUCAGUGACAAGUAGGAUUUGUUACUUGCAAGUGUUUGUUUCACACUCAAAAUAACAUUCUCUCCUAUUUAAACAUUUGUAUAUUCUGUUAGUCCAGUUGCUCGUAACUUGAAAUGUGAUGACUUACAGUGUACUGGUUGGCCUUGGAGAUGGACUGUACGCCAGUACAUUCAUCAGUGUUAUAAAACUUUAAAAGAUUCAUCUGCAGAUUUCAAAAUCAAGUGUAAUUUUAAUUUUUUUUGGUCAAUUUUACCAUGGCAUUACAUCAUGGUAUUGCUUGAACCUUGACCAAAUGACAGAAAGAUUAUUUGCUUUUUUGUAAAGUUUUGUUAUUUUUUAUUACCGAGAAGAGAAUGAGAUUUGAGAAGAGAAUGUCAACAAUCAUUAUGUUUCUUGGAUGGAAGUAAAAAAAUAAUAUUUGGCCGAAAUGUUUCUAGAGAAUUCUAAAGUAAACCAAGGCAGUGUAGACUGGCAAAUCAUUGACCUAAUCAACUGAUUCUAAUUAAAUCUGUUGAUGUAACCGGAGAACAUGAUUUAAUUUUUGUGAUAAAAAUGCAAGUACAUGUACAUAAUCUGAAACUUGUUUGCAUUUCUCCCAAAUGGAAUAAAAUGAACGUGCUUUCAACAUGUAUCACAA